GGAAAACAUUUCAGUCGUGAUGUUCAGCCCAUUGACAAAGAUGGAAACCCUGUUGGCCUUUGGAGGGUUCGUAUGCAUUUUCUCUUUUUGCCGGACACUCCUUGUCUACCUGGGCUCACUGCACCCCUGAAUGUUCUAUUCAAGACCCCCUCCCAUUGUAAACCACUCUUCAAAUCCCAGCCCCACUAAUUCCGAGAUCACAUCGCAGGAUCCCGAGGAGAACAAUCUCUCCUCUUCCGAGGAGGAGGAAUCUUCUGAAUCAGGCUCCGAAGAGUCCUCCGACAAUGAUGAUAACGAACCUUCCCACAGCGCCCGACCCGGUCCGUCUUCCAUACCCGUUGCGAGCAGCAGCGGUACCACCGAAAUGACCCGUGAGGAGCGGCGUGCGGCUGCCAAAGCGAAAAAGCAGGCUGCCCAGGCUCGCCGGAUGCACACUGCCGCUCAACCGGGUGACCUACCCCCUUCGAACUCGGACGGAUCAGGCAACGACACCGACGACGAUGACGACGAUCUACCAGCCAACCCUAACCACACGGCCAAAUCGCGCUCCCAGCUCAGCGACAACCAGGAAGACGCGCAAAAGCCGAAAGGCGAUCUAUCGCAGUUGUCGCGGCGGGAGCGUGAGGCGAUUGAGGCUCAUCAGGCGCGACAACGCUACUUGAAGCUUCAUGCUGAGGGUAAGACAGAGGAGGCUCGCUCCGACUUGGCUCGUUUGGCGAUCGUUCGCGAACAGCGUGAGGCUGACCGCCUGCGCAAGGAAGCUGAGAAGGAAGAGAAGGUCGAGCUUGCGAAGCAGCGCGCCGCCGAACGAGAUGCCAAGCUGCAGGCUGCCAAGGGUGGGAAGAAGAAAGUUUUGUCAAAGAGAAAGUAAUCGCCACGCAAUAGACAUCUCCAAUUUGGCUUUAGUUCCCAUUGCCGCUGGUGCACAUCAUAUACCUUGAUUCAGUACAUGUUUUGGAAUCAUGAUUGGCCUUGCUUUCCCUUCUAGUCUUCUCUAUCAAGUCCUUGGCAGGAAUACAGAGCCACACACAUGAC